AUGGAUCUCCCAGGCAACAGCGUGUUACUCUCAGUGCGCACCUCCGGGCCGUCCCGGCGGCUGUCUGCGCAGAGUGGGAUAGUGGGCAGACCCAGGGGCAUGUCUGCUUCCAGUGUUGGAAAUGGCUAUGGGGGAAACGCCUUUGGCUUUGGAGCCGGCUAUGGGGGAGGAUUUUCUGCUGCUUCCAUGUUUGGUUCUAGCUCUGGUUUUGGUGGUGGCUGUGGAAGCUCCUUGGCAGGAGGACUGGGAAGCUCCUUGGCAGGAGGACUGGGCAGCGGUUAUGGGCGAGCCCUGGGGGGAGGUGGCUUUGGAGGGCUGGGAAUUGGAUUUGGGGGAAGCUCUGGAAGUGCCUCCCUAGGUCUUAUCUCUGGCAAUGAUGGAGGCCUUCUUUCUGGAUCAGAAAAAGAAACCAUGCAAAAUCUUAAUGAUAGAUUAGCCUCCUACCUGGAUAAGGUUCGAGCUCUAGAGGAAGCUAACACUGAGCUAGAAAACAAAAUUCGAGAAUGGUAUGAAACACGAGGAACUGGGACUGGAGACCCUGCGUCACAGAGUGAUUAUAGUAAAUAUUACCCGCUGAUUGAAGACCUCAGGAAUAAGAUCAUUUCUGCCAACAUUGGAAAUGCCCAGAUCCUCCUGCAGAUUGACAACGCGAGACUGGCUGCUGAGGACUUCCGGAUGAAGUAUGAGAACGAGCUGGCCUUGCGCCAGAGCGUGGAGGCCGACAUCAAUGGCCUGCGCCGGGUGCUGGACGAGCUGACCCUGGCCAGGAGUGACCUGGAGAUGCAGAUCGAGAGCCUGAACGAGGAGCUGGCCUACAUGAAGAAGAACCACGAGGAGGAGCUCCAGAGCUUCCGAGUGGGUGGCCCUGGCGAGGUCAGCGUGGAAAUGGACGCCGCCCCCGGAGUGGACCUCACCAGGCUGCUCAACGACAUGAGGGCGCAGUAUGAAGCCAUCGCUGAGCAGAAUCGCAAGGACGCAGAAGCCUGGUUCAUCGAAAAGAGCGGGGAGCUCCGGAAGGAGAUCAGCACCAACACCGAGCAGCUUCAGUCCAGCAAGAGCGAGGUCACCGACCUGAGGCGCGCUGUUCAAAACCUGGAGAUCGAGCUCCAGUCCCAGCUCGCCAUGAAGAAAUCCCUGGAGGACUCGCUGGCGGAAGCCGAGGGCGAAUACUGCGGCCAGCUGUCCCAGGUGCAGCAGCUCAUCGGCAACCUGGAGGCGCAGCUGCUGCAGGUGCGCGCGGACGCCGAGCGCCAGAACUCCGACCACCAGCGCCUGCUCAACGUCAAGGCCCGCCUGGAGCUGGAGAUCGAGACCUACCGCCGCCUGCUGGACGGGGAGGCCCAGGGUGAUGGUCUGGAGGAAAGUCUAUUUGUGCCAGACUCCAAGUCUCAAGCACAGUCAAUUGACUCCUCGAAAGACCCAACCAAAAAACGAAAAAUCAAGACAGUUGUGCAGGAGAUGGUGAAUGGUGAAGUGGUCUCAUCCCAAGUUCAGGAAAUCGAAGAACCGAUGUAA